AUGUUUCAACUUCGAAGGUACACCGAUCAUCACAUCAAUCAAUUUAGAAAAUUCCAAAUUCGGAAAAUAAAAAGAGAUUUGUGUAGCUCUGUCGAGGGCGGUUGUGCGGCGGUUUGUGCGUGCUGCCCGCCAGAACACACAGCGGUUUGCGGGAAACGCCUGGCUGGACCCUCCACGAACACACAAUUCUCAACCACAGAAACGCACGUAAUGGCCGCCGCCGCCUCAGAGGGCCGCGCAGGGCGCGCCGAGCAGCUGGCCGAGGCGGUUUUUUGCGCUGCGAUCGAAUCGGGAAAUUACUCUGGGAAUGUGUGGGUGUGGGCGGGUCUGCGCGCGUUGGGGUGUUUCUCUUUGCCUGAUUGGGACGCCGUUGACGUCAGGCUACCAUUUCUCUCCGUUUUUUUUCGCGUCUGGCGGUCACGUGAGCACGGCCCGGGUCUGGUCUGGUCAGGUGACUAG